AUGUACAGUCUUUCAAAGUCUAUAGUAUUAUUGAGUUUUGUAUCAACACUGUGUGGCCAAGAUUACGAUCUUGGGGAUGUCACCCUACGAACUUUACCACCCGAAUUUGAUUUCGGUUCGGAAGCCAAAGUGAAUAAAACACAGCUCGAAGAAGAUUUGGAGGAAUGUAUGGAGGAUUAUGUUGAAUGCUUCGUUGCUGAUAGGAAACAAAAUAUUUGCGCAAUUAAUUCUCGCUCGGAAAAGAAAAAUUUCAAUUCGCUGUGUUUAAUGGAAUAUGAGAAUUGUAGAAUUAAAGCAAGUAUUGAAAACAGAUGGCGUUAUUAUCAUGAUGAUAACUGCUAA